GUUCUUUUUCCCAGUCGCUUUUGGACGGGAGAAAAUUAAUCGAGAGAUGCGAGAUCGGAGGAACUCCAGUUCCGCCGACGAAGCAUCGCGGGAACCUUCUCCACAAUCGCUAACGACGCCAUGAAGAGGAACGGCUCUGAGUGGGAUCUAGAGGACCUCUUUCGCCAGGACGACGGCGCAGCCGCCGGAGUUUAUUUUGAGGACGACUUCUCCACUGCCGCCGAUUUGAGCUUCCCUGCCGUUCGGGUGGACAAUAUGAGCAGCAAGACAGUGGGGAUUGGUGAUUCUAUGGCAGGAAGUCAGAUGUUGUCUCAGCCCCUCAAGACUUUCAAGCAAGCCAAAUUAUCUCCGACCAUGGAAACCCAAUCAUCCGUGUGUGCGAGCAGCCCAACGAGCUCAUUAAAGCCUAAAGGUCAUGACUACCAGGCCCUUGGAGGUACAAGUGGUUCAGAGCAGUCAGAUGAUGAAUCACAGGAAAUGGAACAGAGUACAAACAAGACUGACAUAAAACGUAUGAGAAGGAUGGUGUCCAACCGAGAAUCUGCUAGAAGAUCAAGGAAGAGAAAGCAGGCCCACUUGGCAGAUCUUGAACUACAGGUUGAUCAACUAAGAGAAGAGAAUUCCUCUUUGUAUAAGCAACUAACAGACGCCAAUCAACAAUUUGGGGAAGCUGUGACAGAUCACCGUGUGCUCAAGUCUGACGUGGAAGCACUGCGGGUUAAGGUCAAGAUGGCUGAAGAUAUGGUAGCUCGAGGUUCCUUGCCAUGCAGCAUGGACCAUCUCCUGCAAAACCAACUGGGAUUGGUUCAGAUGUUAAACACAAGGCAGCCAUGCCGAGCAGCAGAAGUGCUGCCAACAAUGCUAGUUCCUGGAGACGAUGUUUUCAAUAUCAUUGGCAUCCCAGCAGAUGGUCAGGUCCAGAACAUGGGAAUGCAAAACCGAGAAGCCAAGGAUGGACUGAAUCAGAGCAUUACUGGCUUGGAUGACCUGCAGAGCAGGAUCUCUGGCGGUGAAGUAACAAGCUGUGUGACGGAUGUUUGGCCAUGGGAUUCUCGCACACUCUCCAUUUCCAAACAAAUCUAGUGAAGGGAAUAGUCUAAGAAAUCAUUGCCAUGGCAUACGGGUCAUGAGCAUGCUUAUUGUAGUUUGUUGUUUGAUUAUUAUGUGGUUUUGUUUCCUCUUUUCAGCACAUCACAUGAAAUAAACACCUAACAGAGUACUAGUGUGUGCUUUGUCUUUGUUUAGUAUAUGUUGUUAUUAUUAUUAUUACCGCGACCGAAGGCGGCAUUUUGCUUUAUUAA